AUGUGCGAGCUUUUCACUCGACAUCUAUACGGAACACCUCGACCGGAGGAGUGUUAUGAGGGUACAGCGAUGGUGAGCAGCGCUAAUAAAGGACCAUUGCCACCAAAUUGGGAAAUUGGCUACGCUGAGAACGGUGACAAGUAUUUCAUCGACCAUAAUUCGGGCACAACAACAUGGGAUGACCCAAGGGAUUUGCCGCCUGGAUGGGAACAAGUCGACGAUCCUGAAUACGGCACAUUUUUCGUUGAAUUGGUACGAAUGGGACCGAGAAUCUCGAAAAAUGUUCUUUAA